AUGGACUCCGGAAUCGGCAGCGAUAAGAGCCCUAAACAGUCGCUUGGGCGCGUUCGGCGCAAACGAGCCUCAAAGGCCUGUCUUCCUUGCCGGGCGCGGAAAGUCCGAUGUGAUGUUGCCGUCCGUGGCAAGCCGUGCACGAAUUGUCGGUUGAAUGAUGGGGAUUGUGUGGUGGUUGGGAGGCCGUCGAAAUAUCGUGUCCGGGGUAAGGCAGAGCGCAAGGUAAAUGACGAGGCCUUGGACUGUAUUACGCCCCUGUCAAUAGAUCGUGAUGGACUACAUGGAUCAGUGUCGCAGUCGCAGGCCAGGUCGCCCUCUGCUAAUUAUCCCCACCCCAACUGGUCUAUGCCCUCCCUAGACGAGGCGAGUACGGACUUCUGGCAGAGUAGCUGGACGCCCUCGCCAUAUCUGGUGGGACAAGAGGAUAUAGGUCAUCUAGGUGGCAUCUCGUACGAGGCACAGACAAAUGUAGACGGUCUCUCGUCGAUUCUAGGCAAGUACAACGGGGACUACAAGCAAAGUCCAAUCACUACUGCAGCCGACGAUAUCAACAGCGGUCUACUGCAAGAAAUCUGCGGUAUAAUCGGGGCCGAUCAGACAAAAGCCCCAUUCAUAAACCAGUCCCGACACCCUCUCAUCAAGUUCGACGACUUCUCGCAGAAUGAACCCCAGGAUAUCCAGUUCUUGCGAGCGAAUGGGUGUUUUCAUAUUCCCCUAGCACCGGCUCUGGGCGAGUUCAUGCGCCAGUACUUUCUAUACGUACACCCUCUCCUCCCCAUGCUCGACGAGGCAGCAUUCUGGGACGCUUUCGAUGGUCUGAGUUCAGGCCCCAGCCUCGAUUUUCCAAUUUCCAUCUUCACUUUCCAAGCCAUGCUCUUUGCAUGCUGUAGUUUUGUCUCUUCAUCAGUACUCCGUUCCAUCGGGCUUGGGAGCAUCAGAGAAGCACGCAAAGUGCUGUACCGGCGAGCAAAGUUAUUGUUCGACUUCAACGGCAAAAGAGACCCUAUCGCGACGGCACAAGGCGCCCUACUACUGUCCUAUUCCCCAGACACCAACGACCGCCGCACCAAUUCCUUCUGGCUGAGCGUCGCAAUCCAGAACUCAAAGAACGCAAACGCACAUGCAUACGACAUACUCACCAAUAUCCCAGAGAAAGAAAAACUAAGAAAGAAACGGCUCUUCUGGUGCUGUAUUCUCCGAGACAGGAUUCUCCCCCUGGGCGUGCGCCGCUCGAUAUACAUCACAAACACACAUUUCAACUUCAGCACGAAUGCCCCGUUAACUGCCCAGGAUCUCGAAGGCGAGAUAUCCCGGUCAAAGGUCUACAGUCCGCGAGCAAAAAGGUCACUCGCGGAACUGGUGGCGAGUCUCUGCGAACUCGCCGUCAUUUUAACUGAUGUUAUCAUGCUUCUAUACCCGGUUGAUGAAUUGCCGGCGUCUUCGUUCCCUGGCAAUUCCAUCCCAAUCACAAAGCAGCAGUCGCUCAUCGAGCGAGCGAGAUCAGAUCUCACUCGCUGGUACGAGGGCGCUGUUGUGAAAUUCCCUACUCCGGCUGGUAUUGGCGAUGCCCAUGAAUCAGUGGUCUUAUAUACGAACCUCAUGUAUCUCUACUACCACUCCGCCCAAAUGGCACUAUGCCAUCACGAACUCCUCGUUUCGAAAGCAGGUCAUAACUCGCCAAAUGACAACCUCGCACAGGCGCAGCUUCACCGGAUAAAGACGACCCUCCAGGACGAAGCAACAAGCAUCGCCGAUAUAAUGAAAGAGCUCCUACAGUUGAAGUUAACACGAUACCUCCCGAUUACCGCGGUCGCAUAUAUCGCCCUUCCAUUAACCCUCAGCAUCCUCGACGUCAAACUCUCGCUCACAGACUUCCAAUCCGCGACCCGGCAACGCCGAUUACAGAUCUUCACUGAAGCUAUGAAGGUGCUACAGUUCCAUUACGACGGGACGGAUCGUGUCUCUGACGCUAUCGAGAGAGUCAUCCGCCAUCUUGCCAUCAGUAAAAGCCCAGAGAGUGCCCCGGCAAACAACAGUGCCUUUUCCAGCGAGCAGAAUGGAGAUAAAGGUAAGGAGAGAGCACAGCAAAGAGUUACCGAAUGGGGCGAUGUCCUUGUUCGCCGCCCUGGUUGCUAUUUGCGUAUUGCGAUGACACUCGAUUUGGCCAUGUCGCGGGGUGAGUAUCCAGACGAACAGGCUUUUCCUACUUGGCUACAGACGAGUAGCCUGGCGAGUAGUCUUCCGCUGUGCGGUCCCAAUCAAAACGGAGAAAGGGCCAGUGGAAUCGAUGGUUUGGGUACUUAUCACGGCCGGAUAGAGGCAGAGGCAGAGUCUGCAGGGGAUAGUAGGUCUCAUGGACAUUUUAAUGCAGCGGAUCAGGCCCUGCAAUACGGAUACGGGGUCAAUUCGCAUGGAGUCCAUGACUCUGUGAGAGUACUCCGGGUUGAAAACAUGCUGCAGCCGUCCGGGUUCGAAAAUGCGUCUCUAGACACGAACUCCGCGAGAGACUGGUUACUGGAUGCGCAGAUAUCCGGCGUUCUGCAGGACUUUUGCUAG